AUGUCCCUCCCAAAAUUAUCCACCCUAUUCUCAUGGGCUCUAUACUUCAUCCCGGUAUACAUUUUCAUUCUUUCGCCGCUGCUACAGACCUUCCUCGGCUCCAGCACGACCACUUCCAGUACCGAGAACAUAUUCGACUGGUCCCCAGACUCAAGCCCACCCCCAGACCUCCGAAACGACAGCUUCAUCAGUCCAGAAGAUGGCAUUCCAAGAACCUGCCCCGGCGAACCCGCUGGAUACAAAGUGCAUUUACUCUCGCGCACACCACUCAUCCUAUACCUAGAGAACUUCCUCAGCGACGACGAAGCCGAUCACCUUGUUAAUAUCAGUGUCGACAAAUACGCCCCAUCGAUAGUGUACGACGGCAAAACAGAAAAAGUCGAUCCUACCAAACGACUUUCGGAUCGCGCGCUCCUCGACCGCGAUGAUACGGUUCGCUGUCUGGAAGACCGCGCGCGCGCCUUCCAGGGCUGGCGUCCUCACCUGUAUAUAGAGCGAAUGUGGGCGCAACGGUAUAACGCCUCGGGACAUUAUCGGCACCACUAUGAUUGGACAGGGACGCUUGCGCGCGGCGGGGACCGACUGAGUACGUUCAUGGUAUAUCUGGGCGCGGAGUGUGAGGGAGGAGGAACGAAUUUCCCGCGCUUGACAAUGCCCCCUGGGAAGCAGUGGUGUCAGUUUUUAGAGUGUGAAGGGGAGAACAAGGAGGUUGGGAAUGAUGAGGCGCAGGACCAAGCCCAGGCUCACGAUAUGGGAGGAAUUCCAAUUCCGAAGCAGAAGCCUGGAAUUACGUUCAAGCCUAUUAAGGGAAAUGCGAUCUUUUGGGAGAAUCUUCGGCCUGAUGGGACUGGGUAUCCUGAGACUUGGCACGCCGCGUACCCGGUUACGUCGGGAACGAAGGUGGGAUUGAAUAUUUGGAGUUGGUACCAGCCGCCAAUGCGAGCGCAUAGGUAA